UUGAACGGUCACUGUGGAGGAGAAGCGGCAGAGCCAGACCGCCCUCUCUCUGUCUCCUCGCUACACCGGCUGCUGCAGCACGAUGUCCAAACCGAAGUUUCAGACGGAGUGGGAGGAAAUUGAAGAGGAAUACCAACAACUGCAGGAAACUCACAAAGUAUACAGACAAAAGCUUGAGGAGCUCACCAAUCUUCAGACAACAUGCAGCAGCGCCAUCAGUAAACAGAGAAAAUGCCUGAAAGACCUGAGGCACAGCUUAUCCAAAUAUGCAAAAACGUGUGAGGAGAAUGAUUUGAAGCUGGUGACCGACAUCCAAACGCAAAUGAAAGACAAGGAAAAUGUAUUCUUUGAUAUGGAAGCGUAUUUGCCAAAGAGAAAUGGACUCUACCUGAAUUUGGUCCUGGGCAAUGUGAAUGUAACGCUCCUCAGUAACCAGGCAAAAUUUGCCUACAAAGACGAGUAUGAGAAAUUUAAGCUUUACAUGACGAUAAUACUGAUGUUUGGAGCCAUAACCUGCCUCUUCUUUCUCAACUAUCGUGUCACUGAUGAAAUCUUCAACUUUCUGCUCGUGUGGUACUACUGCACUUUGACCAUAAGGGAAAGCAUCCUCAUGAGCAAUGGCUCCAGGAUCAAAGGUUGGUGGGUGUCCCAUCAUUAUGUAUCCACCUUCCUGUCAGGUGUAAUGCUUACCUGGCCAGAGGGACCCAUGUAUCAGAUGUUCAGAAGCCAGUUUCUUGCUUUCUCCAUUUAUCAGAGUUUUGUUCAGUUCCUCCAGUAUUACUACCAGAGCGGCUGCUUAUACCGACUGCGGGCUCUGGGGGAGAGAAAUCAGCUGGACCUCACUGUGGAGGGAUUUCAGUCCUGGAUGUGGAGAGGCCUCACAUUUCUUUUGCCGUUCCUCUUUUUUGGCCACUUUUGGCAGCUGUACAACUCAGUGACCCUGUUUCGCUUGGCAAGACACGACGACUGUAAGGAGUGGCAGGUAUUUAUGUUGGCGCUGACAUUUCUCGUCCUCUUCCUGGGGAAUUUUCUCACCACGGUCAAAGUCGUCCAUCACAAAAUUCAGAAGAACCAGGAAAAGGUACAAAAGACGGACUGAGACCUAAACUCAACGAGACGCCUCGGAUUCGUCAAACGGCCAGUAACUUUGAAGCAACACGCACAAACAAUCGCUCGUGAGACUGACCGCGGUGCCCGGGAAAAAGACGAAGCUGAAACCACUGUUUCUCUCAGGCUUUGAUUACAGCGGCGGUGUCCCACCAGAGUAUCCAGUGAACAAGCUUUUGCUUUCUAAUGACUCUUUGUUGCUGUCGUUGCUGCUCAAGUCAAUUUCAGCGCAAAGCGUAGUUCACCUUUUUUGUAGAUGAACAGCUUUGCCGCUUAUGUUCUGUGUAUCAAAAAGGUGAGUGGAAAGAAUGCGUCUUAUACAGGUGUUUGCGUCGGUGCAUGAGUCUGUGUGUCUGUGCGAGAACCUCUGUGUCAAAUCAUAUGCAACUGAAGGGGAGCGGGUAGCAUCGAGUUACAGAACGGGAAUUUACAGACGGGACAAUUUAAAGGGGCCAUCUGAGCAGCUUCUGUCUGCCAUUUUCCAAGUAGAUAUUCACUCUUGUGUUGUUCUUUUAUGACUGUGGCGUAGGAGGGCGUUGGCUUAAAUCUACUAGGUGUCCCUCUGUGCUGAAAUCUGGUGACUGCCAGGGCCAAAGCUUAUGCUUUACAUUACUUUACAUGAAUUACAGGAGUCAGUGACCCCUUCUGGUCUAAGGAUGGAUUGUCUCAUUUACCUUUAAUUUGUCGCCCGUCUGUAGUUUGCCUCUCUGUCAUGUACAUACUUCAUACUUCUGUGAAGUAGAAACGGUCAAACAUUUAAUUUCUUAAUUCAUUUCCUAAUGUACAAGUAAAGUUCUCAACUAUCAUUUGUGCCGUUUCACAGCUAACCAGUAUUUUUUUUGUCACUAGUCGGUCUUUUAACUUUAAAUCUUCAUACUUGACAAAUGGUAACCAAGGUUACCUUAAGACCCUGUUCAGACCUGGUAUUAUCAUAUGUCCUGAGUGAUCCAAUCACAUGCAGAUCUGUGUUGUUCUCAGAUUUGAUCACAAUCUCUUUCUUUUCAGCUGACGUCCUCUGACCUGAUGAAGCGCUAUGUUGUUGUUGUUUUUAACACUAAUCAAGUAAUUUAUUUAACACACUAUUAACAACAUAGGCUAAAGUGGAUAGAUGUGACAGUCACACUUGUUCAAACAUCAUUUUGUUCCUCACAAAUGGACAUGAUUGUCGUCAUUGUCGGUUAACGGAAGCCAGAUCAGAUCUCAGCUGUGGUCACAGGAGAUGUAUCAUCAAGGUCACAUUAACGCGCUGAGUGUGAACAGUGUCUGCAUGUGUUCGGGUUUCACUGAGGACGGAUGUUAGGACAUUUCUUGUCGUGUGAUUAAUGUUUUCCAGGCUGGAGGUGGUGGCUGCUGUUUGUGUCGGGACUACUGGGUUAAUGCUAACAGUUAUUCCCUUCAGGCCGAAUUUACAUACGUUUAUAUUUGCAUCCUGUGAACUUGCCUAUCUGGCUCCGCCACUCGCGUAAACACUGGUGUUACUGUCGUCCACUAUCAUGGUCAAUAAUGUGGCCCUACAAGCUCGUUCAUAUACUCUGUUCUGCUGUUGCAGAAGUGUAUUACGAUCAAAUGCUGCUGUUCUGCACUGGUACCGUGAGACCAUGUUACACAAUAAUGAUUACUAAUGUGCUGGAUUAUAAUUAUUGUUAUUUUCUAAUUCUGAUCAAUAUACCAAUUUAAAUAUGUUAAAUGAUCAAAGAUACUGAGGGCAUUGUUCUGUUUUGCUGUUGUUUGGUCUGGUUCACAUUUCAUCCUUGUUUAUGUUCUUUGGUGGGGGUGUGGGGGGGGGGGGUCGAGUGGGUUCAGUUAAACAGCUGUAC